ACACCGAAGAAGAAGAAGUCCAUAAACAGAAAAAUGGCGGCGUCCAUGCUGGUGCAGAGGACGGCAACGUUAUGUGGUGCUUUUAAGGGGAUUUCACAGGCCAAAGCUGUUCUUCCUGUGAACUGUCGGUGUUGGUUUAUGUUGCAGACUGCAGGUUAUAAUCCCAAACCUCUGAAGCUGGACUUCCGGCAGCCCUACAUCCCCGACAAAGAGAGCGACAAAACCCCGGAGUGGCAGAAGACGGGUCGGUAUGACAAGAAGCUGUUCGGCCGCUACGGCUCGGGUUCGGGCGUCGACCCCGCGUCUCUGUGGCCGUCUCACGAGGAGCUGGAGAAACUCAUAGCGGAGGAAAGGGAGUGGCACCCCCCUUUAGAGGUGCUGCUGAAGAACAUCGAGGCCAAGCAGAAGGAGGAAACCCAGAAGCGGCUCGCAAAAGAAAAACUCAUCGCAGCAAACAUGGCCAAGAUGCCCAAGAUGAUCGAGGACUGGCGCCGGGAGAAACGCGAGGGCAAACAGAAGCUGAAGGAGGAAAAGGCCCGAAAAGCGAAACUGCUGGCCGAGGCACGCGAGCGCUUCGGUUACAACGUGGACCCCCGCACCCCUAAGUUCCUGGAAAUGGUGGCAGAGAUAGAGAAGGAGGAGAAGAAGAAGAAGAAACUGCUGAAGCGGAGGCUGAAGGAGGAGCAGGCGGCAGCACCACCUGCUGCCCAUUCGUAGUCCUGGGCUCAGUUUUCAGCAACAAGUACUUUCUGCUUUAAUCAGUCAUGACAAGAAGGGUUUUCUUACAAGUUUAUGUAAUAAACUGGCGACAUGUAUUGUAGUUAAUUGUAUUUAUUGUGCUGGGAAGUGGACUUUAUAACCCCGUACAUUAAACCUGUAUGAGUGCCUCGGUUUGUGGUCCGACAGGAAAUCUGGAUUAAAAGAGAAAGUCCACUGUUUUCUUUCACUCUGGAAAAGAUCUUUUCUUUAUGUUGCACUGUCUUCUUCUCACAGCCUUUGGAAUAAAAUAAACUAGUUCCAAACCAC